GUGCCCCGUCAUUGGUGUCAGUGGGAGGAAUGGUGCCCCACCAUUGGUGUCAGUGGGAGGAAUGGUGCCCCACCAUUGGUGUCAGUGGGAGGAAUGGUGCUCCACCAUUGGUGUCAGUGGGAGGAAUGUGCCCCACCAUUGGUGUCAGUGGGAGGAAUAGUGCCCCACCAUUGGUGUCAGUGGGAGGAAUAGUGCCCCACCAUUGGUGUCAGUGGGAGGAAUAGUGCCCCACCAUUGGUGUCAGUGGGAGGAAUAGUGCCCCAUUGGUGUCAUUGGUGUCAGUGGGAGGAAUAGUGCCCCACCAUUGGUGUCAGUGGGAGGAAUAGUGCCCCACCAUUGGUGUCAGUGGGAGGAAUAGUGCCCCACCAUUGGUGUCAGUGGGAGGAAUAGUGCCCCACCAUUGGUGUCAGUGGGAGGAAUAG